GCCGUCUAGGAUGGGAGGUCACGUGGUAUAGAACUGACCCCUGUCAUGUGACUGUGAUGUCAUCAGGAUCGUUCUCCUUCCUCGCUAGAUACAUACUCUCUACCAUCCGGAGGAGGAAGCCUAUGGUCCGGGCUGUCCUGUGUGAGUUGCAGAGUACCCGUAGCUCCAUCACCAGGCAUGCUGACUAGGAGACACGCCAUCUUCCUUCCGCUGAGCGAUCCGGCCUGCGUCCUAGUCCUGCUGGCAGCAUGGGCUUACACUCCAGCAAAAGGUGACAUCAUAAGUCUAGAAAGUGGCAAUAUAGAUGAGCUUUUAGGUAAUGCGGAUGUCGCUUUAGUUAACUUUUAUGCGGACUGGUGCAGGUUCAGCCAAAUGCUGCACCCCAUAUUUGAGGAAGCUUCCAAUAUAAUUAGAGAAGAAUUUCCCGAUAGCAAAGUUGUUUUUGCCAGAGUGGAUUGUGAUCAGCACUCGGAUAUUGCACAAAGAUAUAGGAUAAGCAAGUAUCCCACGUUAAAACUGUUUAGAAAUGGAAUGAUGAUGAAAAGAGAGUAUAGAGGUCAGCGCUCAGUGGCUGCAAUUGCAGACUUUAUCCGACAACAAAAAAGUGAUCCAAUCCGGACAAUUGAAAACCUGGAGGAAUUAAAAACUAUUGAUCGCAGUAAAAGAACAAUAAUUGGCUUUUUUGAAAGGAAUGAUUCUGACAACUACAGAACAUUUGCAAAAGUAGCAAAUAUUUUGCAUGACGAUUGUGUCUUUCUUAGUGCUAUUGGGGAUGUUUCAAAACCAGAGCGGUAUAGUGGAGAUAAUGUAAUCUACAGGCCUAUUGGGGAAAAUGCUCCAGAUAUGGUAUAUUUGGGAUCACUAACCAACUCUGACCUUGCCUACGCUUGGACGCAAGAUAAAUGUGUGCCUCUUGUUCGGGAAAUAACGUUUGAAAAUGGAGAGGAGUUGACUGAAGAAGGACUUCCAUUUCUUAUACUUUUCCAUAUGAAAGAUGAUUCUGCAAGUCUAGAGAAAUUCCAGCAAGAAGUUGCUAGACAGUUAAUUACUGAAAAAGGAACAAUAAAUUUCUUGCAUGCGGACUGUGACAAGUUUAGGCAUCCUCUCUUGCACAUUCAGAAAAGUCCCGGAGACUGCCCUGUGAUAGCGAUUGAUAGCUUUAGGCACAUGUAUGUCUUUUCAGAUUUUAAAGAUUUAUCAAUUCCCGGCAAACUAAGGCAAUUUGUUUUAGAUUUACACUCUGGAAAAUUGCAUAGAGAAUUCCACCAUGGACCUGACCCAACUGAUGUCGCUCCAGGACAGCAAACUCAAGAUGUGGCAAGCAGUCCCCCAGAGAGCUCUUUCCAGAAAUUAGCCCCAAGCGAAUAUAGGUACACCAUACUGAAUAGGGAUCGCGACGAGCUUUAAUCAGAUCUGCAUUGGAAGCCUUAAAAACAUACUAUGAUGAAGUUCAGUACGAUCUAAAAAAAAUAAAAAUAAAAGUUAGCCUAUAUUUUCAUAAUUGUAUUUUUUAUUUGGGAUUAACAAACAGUAAUGAAUGGUUUAUUUUUAUUUGCUCCCACUGUUUGUAAAUAUGUAUGUUUAGUGAUUUCUGUACAAUCUUUUAAAAGAAAAGUAAGAAAAUGUACUUCUCUGAAACGACCUGUCCUGUUUCUUAGUUCAUACAAAAGUGUCAUGACAAUACGCAUAAGCUGUUAUAUUGCACUUCCCUCAUUAAAUUGGAUUUUUGGAUGUUU